GAACACCACGCCACUCUGAGACAACAUCAACAAUAAACCUCUGGAACAUCUCCUCCGAGCCCUUGAUAACUGAUCAAUUCAACAAAGUUCCCUUGAAUCCCCUCCUCACAAUGUCCUUUUGUGGCAUAUCUGGUUUUCGUCCAUUGUGGCAACUCUCUCAAGCUUCGGGAUUGUUCCGCUCCCAAUCCGUAUUACCUCGUUGUCCACUCAUGGCCUUGGAUCAUCCGGUGGAGUAUGCUCUUGGGGGAGUCCGAGGAAAGAAGGUAUUGGGUAAAUCGAACACACGCAACAAAUGCGGCCACCCCAAGGGCAAGAAACGCGGGGUCAAAGUGUUUGACGGCCAAAGAGUUCCCAUCGGCAGUCUUCUGAUCAGUCAAAGACGGAUGGACAUCCUACCUGGAUGGAACGUGAACAACACGGGCAAGUCGUUGUACGCCUCCUGCAACGGACGAGUGAUGAUCACCACGGAGGUAUGCGAUCCGAAAGUUGCAGAGACAUUAUCCGAAGAUCCCUUUGCCAUGGACGUGCCCGGAGAAAACAUCUACAAGAUGCACAUGCAUAUCGUCCCGGAUCAACAACAUCAAUACUUUAAACUCACCGAACAAGUGUAGUCCAAAGUUCAUUUUCAAAACCAAUAGAAAGUCAAUCAGAAAGUCA